ACAAAAACAAAAUUGUCUAAUCCAAAACCAACCAGAAGUUGUUACUCUGUUUCAUUGUAGUUUCUGAUCGCUGCAUUUUUUUUGGUUUUUCUUUAUAUAUAAUAUAUAUAUAUAUAUAUAUUCUUUUAUUCUUUUUUAGUACACAAAAGAAAGAGAGAGAGAGAGAGAGAGAGUGAUGGGGGUGAUUGUAGAAGGAGAAGAAGGAAACGGCGUCGUAAUGGAGCCGCCGCCUAAUUUUUCGAUGGUGGAAGAAGGCAUUUGCAGAUCUAGUUUCCCUCAACGCCGCAAUUUCGCCUUCUUAGAAACCCUAGAUCUUCGAUCCGUCAUAUAUUUGUGUCAAGAGCCCUACCCUGAGGAAAAUUUGGAGUUUCUUCGAUCUCAUAAUAUCCGGCUUUUCCAAUUCGGGAUUGAAGGGAAAACGGAGCCUUCUGUUGCAAGUCUCAAGGAUGCCAUCAGGGGGGCUCUCAAAAUCUUAAUUGAUGUGAGAAAUCAUCCUGUUUUGAUCCAUUGCAAACGUGGAAAGCAUCGCACAGGUAGCCUGGUUGGUUGCUUGAGAAAACUGCAGAACUGGUGCUUGUCAUCUGUCUUUGAGGAGUAUCAACGUUUUGCUGGCAUCAAAUCCAGGAAAGCUGAUUUGAGAUUUAUAGAAACAUUUGAUAUCAUAUGCAUAAGGCAGUGUCUUCACAGCAUCAUUUAUCAGUACCAAGGAUAUGGUUCAAAAAAGAGGCGGUUGCUUUACAGCGAAGAGACUGUACAGAAGCCCCAAAUAACUUCGAUUUAAAAGAUUCACACAUCGGUUUGAGUGUUACACGGGAACUCACACUUCUUUUCAUUGUUAAAGAUAGGUUUUGUCCAGUCAUUACUUUAAAAUCAGUUUUACAAGUGCUCUUAUACAGCUUUUAAAACCCAUUGUAUAAAGUACCUUUGUUUUCUUCGCAUACUUUCCCCUCUCGAAUUUAUACAUGGGAGAGGCAGUUCCGAAAACCCUAAUUGAGUUUUCUAGGUUCUGUAGUUCUAUUCUACCAUAAGAACAAGUUGCAUUUAUUGAAACUUUUACAGUGAAAGAUCAAUGAAGAAUUUUGAUCUCUCUCUCUUUCUAUGUAUGACUAUUUCUUUCAUGGUGUCUUUAUGUAACCGUGAUAGCAUUCUUUUUUUAUUGAUUUAUGGGCAACUAACAUAUACCAUGGACAAAAUCUGGUUUUUGUUGUCAAGGGGGGGAAGGUGGGGAAUCAAUAAAGGCUUAAACGCUUGGGAUUAGCAGCAAUGACAUCGAUAAUUUUUAUAGUGACAAAAGUAUAGCAACAAGAAAGGUAUGGCGAAAUUAUGUUGGAGUUGGAGAUGCUGUGUAAAAGAGUAGACCUCAUCAUAAGGAGCACCACUUAAAUACUUAGAAUUAAACAAAUUAUUAAGUUCUAAAAGUCGUUUUGGCAAGACAAAUUGAUCUCUACUUCG